UUUCCUUGCCAUUACCUUACGCAGCACCACGGAGCAGGCAUCCAGAGGGAGCAAGCAUCCUGCUGCACCAUGGACGUCGUCACUAUACCAAAGCAUCUGGAUAUAUUUCUAAAGGAGAAAAGGAUUUUGCUUACAUUAUUUUUUCUUCUGAAUCUAGCGUCCAAAAUGAAUGCCCAGGACAGUGGUAUGGAAGAACUUGCUACCGAGAAGGAGGCAGAGGAAAGUCAUCGUCAGGACAGCGUGAAUUUAUUGACGUUCAUUUUAUUGCUGACAUUAACUAUUUUAACCAUCUGGCUAUUCAAACACAGAAGAGUACGUUUUCUACACGAAACUGGCCUGGCGAUGAUAUACGGCCUGUUGGUGGGCGUGAUCCUGCGGUACGGCAUCCCCUCCACCAGUUACCAUCACAAGACGCCCCCCAGCUGCUCGUUAAAGCAGGGCCCCGUCAGCACCCUGCUGCUCAACGUCAGCGGCAAGUUCUUCGAGUACACGCUCAAGGGCGAGAUCAACUCGCACGAGAUCCACAACGUGGAGCAGAAUGACAUGCUGCGCAAGGUAACCUUUGACCCUGAGGUGUUCUUCAACAUUCUUCUGCCUCCGAUCAUUUUCCACGCAGGAUACAGCCUUAAAAAGAGACAUUUCUUCAGAAACCUUGGGUCCAUCAUAACAUAUGCAUUCCUUGGGACGGCCAUCUCCUGCUUUGUCAUAGGAAACCUGAUGUACGGUGUGGUGAAGCUGAUGCAGGCCAUCGGACAGCUGACUGACAAGUUCUACUACACAGACUGCCUCUUCUUCGGAGCCGUCAUCUCCGCCACUGACCCAGUCACCGUGUUGGCCAUCUUCAAUGAGCUGCAUGCAGAUGCGGACCUGUAUGCUCUGCUGUUUGGGGAGAGUGUCAUGAACGAUGCGGUGGCAAUCGUCCUUUCCUCAUCAAUUGUGGCCUACCAACCGAGUGGCGCUAACACGCAUACCUUUGAUGCGGCGGCGUUCUUCAAGUCGGUGGGGGUUUUCCUGGGGAUCUUCAGCGGUUCCUUUGCCAUGGGUGCCGUCACUGGGGUGGGCACUGCACUCGUCACCAAGUUCACCAAGCUGCACUGCUUCCCUCUGCUGGAGACCGCCCUCUUCUUCCUCAUGUCCUGGAGCACCUUCCUGCUCGCUGAGGCCUGCGGAUUUACAGGUGUGGUAGCUGUGCUCUUCUGUGGGAUCACCCAGGCCCAUUACACUCACAACAACCUGUCCGAAGAGUCAACCAAACGCACUAAACAGCUGUUUGAGGUGCUUCACUUCCUGGCAGAGAACUUUAUCUUCUCCUACAUGGGUCUGGCCCUCUUCACCUUCCAGAACCACAUCUUCAGCCCCAUCUUCAUCCUCGGCGCUUUUCUGGCCAUCUUCAUUGGCCGAGCCUCCAACAUCUACCCGUUGUCGUUCCUGCUCAACCUUGGCCGCCGCCACAAGAUCAGCGGAAACUUCCAGCACAUGAUGAUGUUUGCAGGUCUGCGAGGAGCCAUGGCGUUUGCCCUGGCCAUCCGGGACACGGCCACCUACGCCCGGCAGAUGAUGUUCACCACCACCCUGCUCAUCGUCUUCUUCACCGUCUGGGUGUUUGGAGGAGGCACCACACCCAUGCUCUCCUGGCUACACAUCAGAGUUGGAGAUCGCCGCGAGAAGAGCCGGACGCUGGAUCAUCCGAGGCGAUACCACAGGGUUGGAGUGGAUCCUGACCAGGAUCUUCAGCAGUGUGGAGACAGCUUCCAGGUCCUACAGGGAGAGGGAUCUCAGGGGGAGGGCACGAGUAAGACCAAGCAGGAGAGUGCCUGGCUGUUCCGUCUUUGGUACACCUUUGAUCACAACUACCUGAAGCCCAUCCUGACCCACAGUGGGCCCCCUCUCACCACCACCCUGCCGCCCUGCUGUGGGCCCCUUGCCCGCUGCCUCACCAGCCCUCAGGCCUACGAGAACGAGGAGCAGCUCCCUGACAACGACCUGGACCUGAUCCUUAACGACGGUGACCUGACGCUGUCGUACGGCGACACGGCCAUCACGGCUAACGGGGCCUCGGGCGCCAGCGGCGACGGCUCUUCCUCCAAGGCAGCAGGGGGCAGUGGUGGUGGUUUUGGCAGCGAGCCGCGAUGGAGCCUGAACGGCCGGCGCAGCGGCAGCACCUCGGAGGAGGCCCUGGAGCGCGAGCUGGACGGCCGCGAACAGGACCUGAUCAGCCGCGGCACGCGCCUCGUCUUCCCCAUCGAGGACCACGCCUGAGAUCCAUACAGCUCAUCCCUCGAAAAACACACAACCAACCAACCAACCAACCCACCAGUGAAUGACCAACCUUCCCACCCAUUCGCCCUGAAAACCUCCCCUAUAACCUGAAGACUGACCUUCCUCUACACCACCCCCUCCCUUCCCCCACCCUCCAAAUUCCUCCCAUGAUGCCUCUCUUCUCCACUUGUCACUCAUCGCGCCUCACGAGACGGAUCAGGCAAAACCAAAACCCCUCAAGCAAGCCGCCGGGGGCACAGAGCAGGAGAAGAGGCGAAGGCCGCGGAGGAAAAGAAAUUUGAGGCUUAGAACUAGAAGAGAGAGAGAGAGACAAGCAGAGAGAGAGAGAGAGAGAGAGAGAGAGAGAGAGAGAGAGAGAGAGAGACAAGCAGAGAGAGA